AUGGGCGUGCCGCACUACGAUUUUAUCAUCAAGAAGAAAAUGGAUUUUAACACCAUCAUAAAGAAUAUAAAUACAAACGCUUACAAGAGCAGUAGAGAAUGCAUUGACGACAUAUUUUUAGUCUUUACCAACUGUUACAUCUUCAACCCACCUGAUGCCGAUAUUGUAAGCAUAGCUCGAAUCUUAGAACACAGAUUUCGUGACAAAUUAGAGCGUAUGCAUGAAGUGAAGACACGGUGUGUAAAGCCGAAAAUCAGAUCGAAAUCUAAGAAUAGUGAAAUGGGUACUGGAACUAAAGAACUUAGUCAAGAAGUUGGCAUUCAUGGUGAAAGCCAGAUAGCUGUGAAACAGGAAAUGGAAUUCACGGAGUCAGAUUUAUUGAUUAUCAAAGAAAAAGCCCACAUUUUAAAAUGCGCAAAUGGGCUAUUAUCGGAAAUUUUAAAUGGCUUGGUGAUUCAAUUUGAUGCAUUGUCUACUUCAGUGAAUAGAUUAGUUGAUUUGAUCGAUAAUAAGAGCGAAGGAGAAUCAGAUGUGAUUGUGAAAGAUGAUGAAGAAAUGCAACUAUCGGUGAACGAACAAACUUUUUCACAAGAAAAUGAACAUCUAUUACGAAUUGUAUCCAAUCUCAGUGAAGAAUAUGAGAACGCCGAGCAGGCGUCGUCCUUUGAAACCCAGCAAACUGGCUUUUAUUAUAAUGACCUUUUGGAGGACUUAGAAAUAGGCCAUUGGUUAUCUCCUAUUGGAAGUGAUAAUGAAAAUAUAAAACCAUAG